GACGUACCAUUUUUUCCUCAAUGCUCUCUUUCUUAUUUCAGUCCUUUCUCUCUCAUGAAUUAUUUAUUUUCGCAAUUUGACAAAUAAAAAUCUUUAAAAAAGAAAAAGAAAUCUGUAAAGACAGAGUCUGAUCGGUGUUUGAUGAGACACUGACAGCACUUUAACGGGAUUCUUCAAAAGUUCUACUCUUCUCUUUUCUUUUGCUUCUUUCUUUCUCUUCCAAUCGCAAACAAACCCUAGCUUUUAUUUUUCUUUCUAUCUUUUCUCUCUCUCUCAAGAUUGUAUCAUGAACGAUCCUAAAGAUCCCGAUCUGAGCAACGACUCAGCUUGGAGAGAACUCACAGCUUCAGAUUCUGACUUCUUCUACAGAGACACUUCCAACAUCCUCCUCUCUGACUUCGCCUGGAACCUCCCCGCUUCCUCUGGUUUUACACAAACCGCCGUUGUCCCAUCUUCCAUCACCACCACCACCACCUCAAAGACUGAUCAGCCGAUUCCACCUUCUUCAUGUUCCUCAUCGGCCGCCGCCGCUUCUGUUACCGUUACAGAGGUUUCAACUAACUUUAACAAUCCUUCGGCCGCUACAUCUAGCUCAAGCGAGGAUCCAACUGAGAACUCAACCGCCUCCGCCGCGCAAACACCGGAGACGCCAAAGAAGGAAAAGAAGAAGGCUCAAAAACGAAUCAGGCAACAAAGAUUUGCAUUCAUGACCAAGAGUGAUGUAGAUAAUCUUGAAGAUGGAUAUCGUUGGCGUAAAUAUGGACAGAAAGCUGUCAAGAAUAGCCAAUUCCCAAGGAGCUACUAUAGAUGCACGAACACCAGAUGCACAGUGAAGAAGAGAGUGGAAAGAUCAUCUGAAGAUCCAUCGAUAGUGAUCACAACAUACGAAGGACAACAUUGCCACCAAACCGUUGGAUUCCCUCGAGGCGGAAUCUUCCCAGCUCACGAACCUCAUAAUUUCACAUCCCAUCAUCAUCUCCCUCCUCCAUUGCCAAAUCAUUAUUAUUACCAAGAACUCCUUCAUCAAAUUCACAGAGAAAAUACUUCUUUACCGCAAUUACCCCAAUCUACUACCGAAGACGGACAUGUCGCAGUGUCGUCCAUUAAUCCAUCAGAAGAAGGUUUACUUGGUGAUAUUGUACCUCAAACCAUGCGCAAUCCUUGAGGUUCAUUAUAUAUAUAUAUAUUUGAAUUUGUUAAUUAGUAUUCAUCUAUAUAGGAUUGAUUAGGAGUAAAUUCUAUAAUUAGAUAAAAUAAUGUUUCUUUUGGUUCCCAAGGGUUUAAAACUUUUAAUGGACCACAGAGGCGUAAAAGGGUUUACUUUUUCUAGUCCGAAACUCAAAACCCAAACCAAGAGAUAAGUGGGAAAAUCCCAUGCUUUGAGAGAAGCAAGCCUGUCUGAUGUAAUGAUGUAGAUGUACUGAUGAAUAUAUAUGAGAAUCAAUAUCGUGUUUGUCUAA